ACAAACAACAUCUCGAGGGAUUUUGCCUACUCAGUGUCAUGACAGGUCAAAUUUUAAAUGUGACCAUAUGAGGACGAGGCAUGCAGAAACAGCAUGCCCUCUCGGCAUGAAAUGUCAAAAGACAGACUGUUGCCUUUCUAUCACUUACAGAAAUAGUGGUCGUACAGUGGAUGAAUUACCAUUCCCUCCAUGCUCCAGCUCGAAUCUAAAAAGCGCUCGAUUGUUCACAAAAAUGGGGAGGAAAAACUAGAGAGGGUAAAAAGAUAGAAAUCCAUUUGUAAGUCUGGGCUGUGGCUAUUUGCAUGGUGAUAAAGGCCCUGAGUGUUCUGCAGUGUCUCAGACAAUAGAGCCUGUGUUUGUUCUUCCCCGGGAUGUGUAAGAAGGGCAGAAAAGGGGAGAGAAGAAGAAGAAAAGGGGAGGUCGUCAGUGGAGGGGAUUAUGCAUUGUGAGAAACACGCGCAUUCGCUUCUGCUAUUGUGGUGACUGAAUUGCUUUCCAGUACCAAGGCAUUUAGUUAAGCAGAUUGUGUUUCUUUACACCCCAUGAUGAUCUCUCUUGACGGCGGUUGGUGACUUGGGGGGACAGCAGAAUCACACAGAACAGAGACAUGAGUAUGCAUACACACCACAUCAUAACAAGAUGGGAUACAGUACUGCCGGGAUCAUGAAUUACUGUGCUGUUGAAUAAAGAAUUGGUAACACUGGACUAGUGAAACUUCCAUCUUGUGUCCAAUAACCAUGGAAAGUGCAGAGGAAAGGCACGGAUGGACAGUAAAAAUGAGCAUGCCCAGUGUUUUGGCCAUGGUUACGGUCUUUUCUAUGAUUCCUGGCGGGGUGCUGAGCGAUAUGAGAGGUACUCAGGGUCUGGAAGCCCAACAAUUGGCCCAGGGGUCCACUCAAAUGCAUCGUCGCCUGAAGAGAGGCUGGAUCUGGAAACAGCUGUUUGUCCCCGAGGAAGAUCCCACUCCUCGCGUUAUUGGCCAGCUCAAAUCUGACUAUGACCGAGGCGAGUUUACCAUCAAGUACAUAUUAUCAGGAGAAGGCGCCGGUGAUGUCUUUGAGAUAGAUGAGUAUUCUGGUGAGAUCCGGGCACUGAAGAAGCUUGACCGAGAGGAAAAGGCCUUCUAUGUUCUUCAAGCCCAGGCUAUCAACAGGAGGUCCAAUGAACCAGAAGAACCCCAGUCAGAGUUCAUCAUCAAGGUGCAGGACAUCAAUGACAAUGUCCCACAGUUCGUGAAUGAACCGUAUGUGUCCAGCAUCCCUGAGAUGUGUCCAAUGGGGACCACAGUGGCCCAGGUGACAGCCACAGAUGCUGAUGAUCCCAUGUUUGGAAACAACGCCAAGCUCAUCUACUCCAUCCUGCAGGGGGAGCCCUACUUCUCUGUGGAGCCAAAGACAGGGAUUAUUUUAACAUCUUGGCCAAACAUGGACCGCGAGGCCAGAGAACAGUACCUGGUAGUCGUGCAGGUGAAAGAUAUGCUAGGCCUCAGUGGCGGUUACUCCUCUUCCACCACUGUCACUGUCAGCCUGACUGAUGUCAACGACAAUGGACCCACAUUCCAGCACCACCUGUACACCUUUGCCGUCCCUGAAAAUGCAGCUGUGGGCACCACAGUCGGCAGGUUUAUGGCACAUGAUGGAGACACUGGCAUCAAUGCCAGGAUGACCUACAGUCUGGAGCCUGACCUGGAGGAAAGCUCCACUUUUGUCAUCAAAACAGACCCAGUGACACAGGAGGCAGUGGUUCUGCUAGCCAAGCCUUUGGACUAUGAAACUAAAAGGCGUUUUGUAAUGGCCGCUGAAGCAGUCAAUGAUCACGUGGACACUCGGUUUCUGACUCUGGAGGAGUUUACGGACAGGACAACGCUCAAGAUUGUUGUGGAGGAUGUGGACGAGCCGCCAGUCUUCCUCUCAGCGGUCUACGAGUGGAAAGUUCCUGAAAAUGCAGCAGUGGGAACUGUGGUUGGCAGUGUCAGUGCCAGAGAUACUGACACAGUCAACAAUCCCAUCAGAUAUUCAAUUGACAAAAGGAGUGAUAAACCAAAAGCUUUCAAAAUAGACCCAAACAAUGGAACUAUAACUGUCGCUAAAGCUUUGGACCAAGAGACUACAAACUGGCACAAUGUGACUGUUGAAGCCAAGGAAACAACGCAGAACCAUUUAUCCUCCUCUGUGGUGGUGUUCAUCAAAGUGCUGGACAUAAACGACAAUGUGCCAAGGCUUGCAAGAGAUUACCAGCCAUAUAUCUGUGAGGGAACACAGGCGGGAGAAGUCAUUCAGUUGCUCAGUGCUGUUGAUCCGGACGAUCCUGUGGAGGGACACCACUUCUACUACUCUAUGGUCCCCGAGAAGCACAUCAAUCCAAACUUCACUCUCAGAGACAAUCAAGACAAUACAGCUAGCAUUGUGGCCCGCAGGAGUACAUUUACCCGCAAGGAUCGAACACAGUAUCUCCUGCCUGUUGUGGUGACGGACAGCGGUUCUCCGGCACUCUCCAGCACCAGCACUUUGACCAUCAACGUGUGCAGCUGCCAGACUGCCGGCCAUUGUCCCACCGGGGGGGUAGAGGCCCUUGCCCUGUCUAUGGGGGUCAGCCUGCAAACCUUGUUUGGGAUUCUGAUCUGCCUUGUCACACUCACUGUGCUGUCAAUUCUAAUGCUGAUGGUGAGGAGGCACAGGCGGAAGCAGCAGGAGGGAUUGGAGGUGGAGGUGAAAGAGCUGGAGCUGCCUGAGAUGGUGUCGCAGAAGGUGCUGUAUUACGGAGAACUAGGGGGUGGAGGAGCAGGCCUGGACUUCUGCCAGCCCGGCGUACCGCUGCGCCACCACCCUAGGAGGAAGGACAGGAGGCUGCGGAGGGAGGAUGUCAGGGCCAGCAUACGCAUGUCCCUCAGGGAAUCCCACCUCAUUGGUCCGGACGAUGAGCUCUUCAGGCAGUUUAUUUUGGACAGGCUGACAGAGGCAGAUCAGGAUCCUUACGUUCCCCCAUUUGACUGCCUAAAAACCUAUGCAUAUGAGGGGUCCGGGUCUCCCACAGGGUCCCUGAGCUCGCUGGAGUCAUCUUCUUUGGAGCCUGAACCUGAGCAACGUCUUUGUAAUCCCAGACCCUACGUGGUUAAACUCACUCCUUGGUAUGGGGGAGAAGACAAAGACACUAUAUUCUGACGGGGCUCUUCUUCUUCUCCUAAAACGGCUGUUCUUCUCUUUUUUUUGCACGGUGGACCUGUUCAGUUUAUUUCCAAUUAUAUGAUGUUGCACUUUCAACAUUUUAACAUUUUGAAAACUAGGCUUAUUCUCUUUCUUGCCCAGAGUUAGAUGAGAUGAUUGAAACCACUCUCAUGUGUGUACAGUAAAGUGUGUACGGUAAGCAAUAGCAGCAUCUUAGCUUAGCUUAGCAUAAAUACUGGAAACAGAGCGAAACUGCUAGCCUGACUCUUUCUUUGAAGGCUUGAGAAGUGCUGGUAUGCCUUCUUCUUUGUGGCUUUCCCCCACUGUUCCCGGUCUUUAUGCUAAGCUAACCUAACUGGCAGCUGGCUGUAGCUUUAUCUUUAUUAUACAGACAUGUAAGUAAUAUUUCAUUCUCAUGCUCACAGCGAAAAAGGGGAGUGUAUUUCACAAAAUGUUGAUCUAUUCCUUUAAACAUAGAAAUCAAACCGUAACAAUAAUAAUUUCAUGUGUGUCUUGCGUGUCUGGACCCAUUUUUGUUUUCUGUAGUUUAAAAAAAAUUCUGUGUGUAACUUUCAACAUGGAUUACAUGUUACAGCAACAAAAGGGGUUUGAGCACAUGUUUAACUUUGUCUGUCAGAUAUAAAUGUGUAUGUUAAACUAUGUCUUAGUGCCUUAAAGUCAAAGGGCAAGAAGUUUCUUCCUACACUCACUCUAAUGCAACAAUCAAAUGCCAUCCAUUAAAUGUCAUCUAUGCUAUACAUUUGUACUACUGUCCCAUCCCAUUCCCACAAAGAAAUCUUUUCCCAUCCCAAUCCAGGAAGAAUGACUCCUAUGCUGUCGUGUUUUUUGCAUAUAAAACUGACCUAUUGUUAA